AUGGAGAAUACAAGUGUAAAGGGUAGAACAGUUAAAUAUGUUGAUGAAUGCGCUUCAAGUCCAUGUCAAGAUGGUGGAAUAUGCAUAGAUAUGAUCAAUGAAUACAUUUGUACUUGUGACACAGGAUAUGCCGGUGCUAACUGUGAAGAAAAUAUUAACGAAUGUGCUUCAAAUCCAUGUCAACAUGGUGGUACAUGUACAGAUGGAAUUAAUGGGUACACUUGUGCUUGUAUCCAAGGAUACACGGGGAAUAACUGUGAAGAAAAUAUUAACGAAUGCGCUUCAUUUCCAUGUCAAAAUGGUGGCACAUGUGCAGAUGUGAUCAAUGGGUACAUUUGUACUUGUCACUUGGGAUAUGCAGGAGUUCAAUGUGAAGAAAAUAUUGACGAAUGCGCUUCAAUUCCAUGUCAAAAUGGUGGAACAUGUGCAGAUUUGAUCAAUGGAUACACUUGUACUUGUAAUUCAGGAUAUACAGGAGUUCACUGUGACGAAAAUAUUGAUGAAUGCGCUUCAAAUCCUUGUCAACAUGGUGGUACAUGUACAGAUGGAAUCAAUGGAUACAUUUGUGUCUGUGUCCAAGGAUACACGAGAAAUAACUGUGAAGAAAAUUACGAUGAAUGCGGUUCCAAUCCAUGUCAGCAUGGUGGUACAUGUACUGAUGAAAUUAAUGGUUACACUUGUAAUUGCAAUACCGCAUACAAAGGAAUUAACUGUGCAGAAAGUGAGUACACUGUUCUAUAA